AUGUUUCAAUAUGAAUACGAGAAGAGACCACAAUCGGCAUCAUCAUGCGCCAGCCGCUCCACAACGCUCACCAGCUGGGAUCCACCUACUCCCAUCACCACGAGACCCCCUCUACCACCCAGGCCGGCGAUAUGCCAAAGGAUGCCUAGUAAAACCACUGUUCCUCUGAAGGUGUGGAUAAUAGCGAGUGCCUCAUGUUUCGCGGUGUGCGCAGCACUGGUGUUGGCCACGGUGGUGAUCACCAAGUGGGGCUCCACCCAAGAGUACACCAGGCAAAUAUACGAGGAGCCGGAAUCAGUAUAUUCAAAACCUCAUCCAAUCUAUAUAACGCAGAAGCCUCAAAACACUGAUGAAGACCCAACAACCAAUACUAACGAAAUAGACGCUGACAUGGAAAUUAUAGAAAAACUAUCCAUAUUCAAAAACGUUGUAGCUCAAAGAGCGUCAACAAAAAAAGAUCUCAUAUCAAAACCCCAAAUUCAUCCAAUACACGACACUAUAGAGCAUGCUGAAAGAAAAAUCGAGAAGAAAGACAAACCAAAAUAUCCUGACCAACAAGAUUUGGAAACUGUCGAUUACACUACAAAACCUAUACCUUCUUUCAAACCUACUCUCCCAGACGUUUUCAUUCAAGGACAAGUGAAACUUCCUGAUGGUUAUUUAUUAGGUUUUAAGAAACCCAAUCCAGAUUAUGAAGAGUAUUAUAGAGAUGAUAAUUUAUACGACGAUUAUAUGCAGAGUAAUUCGAUGACCAAUUAUUUGAUAGAAAAAGUUCAAGAGCUACAUGAUUGGAUAAAUUCUGAUCCCGAUUUUGAUUCCGUUAAGAACGCAUCGAAGAUAGCAAGGAACAGUAAUGAAUUCACUGAAGUAUUAAAGGCUUUGAAUCAGAGUCUUGUACAAGGGAAUGUCUCUAUUGUAAUGAGUAAGUUAAAGGACUUGUACUUGGGUGAUAGUAAUAAGACUCUGAGUCAUGGUAGAAAGAUGAUUGUCAGUAACAGUACCGACUUACUCUCAUUCGGUAUAUUGACAUUGGAUAUUUUGUUGCUACAUAAUAUACAGCAGAUGGCAUGGGAGAAUCAGGAAUCAGCUCGCACUAAGAUGCUGAAGGACCCAGACGUUUUCGCGUUCAACGCUCUAUUCAUGGAACCUAGUAAAGUGGAAGCGAGACAGAACGAGAUUAACGGACACGACUUAUUAACAUUCUCCAAACGUCAAGGCUUCCAUCAGGACUCGGAGGAAUUCGACAUCGGCACCAGCAUCUUGGACAACUUCCUGGAGAUCGGGGUGUCCACCACUCGAGCGGCCAUACAUCUCGGACGGGCUUACAAAAACACCAAAGCGAUCCUCGCGCAGUUGUCUAAUCAUGAAACAGCACCUGAGAAUGUCCAUAAUCAGCUCUCCAGGCGCAUAGACGAGAACACGCACGCUCUCAACCACCUGCAGACUUCAUUUGAAGGCGGCACCGCUAACGGGUCUUACUAUACAGAAUUGGAUUGUCUAUGGUUGUUGUACUGUAGAAAUCUGGUCGCUACAACCAAAUUGAACGCACCAUAUGGCAUCAUGGCUAGGAUAAAUGGGAUGGCGCUUCGCAUGUUGACCGGGGAGGUGCCAUCGGAGCGUGCGAUAGAAACAAUACUAGUCGAAGCUCUCUCCGGCUGGACGGAGCUAAAGUGUGAUCAUAUGUUUCCCAGGUGA